UUGAAAAUCUAAGUGUUUCAUCCACAUUGUCCACAAGAAAUUCAUCUUCCAAGCUCUAGGUUUCUCUUUCUUAGGGUUCAGAAUCCUUCCCCACGCAGGCAGACCUAGCAUGCCUGGGAGGAGAACAACAGACAAAAGCUUCUGGUCCUGGGACUAACUACUGCUGCUGGAGCCCCAUCGUGGAGACCUGAAAAGAUGGGGCCACAUCUUCUGGGAUGUUCUUCUCUCCUCUUAUUGCUGCUGGGAAUGUGGUGGUCAGUGUGUCCACUUUGUGCUGUGCCAAAAGGUCUCACCAAGGCUCGCUGGUUUGAAAUUCAGCACAUACAGCCAAGGCUUCUCCAAUGCAACACAGCAAUGAGUGGUGUCAAUAACUACACUCGGCAUUGUAAACCUGAAAACACCUUUCUGCACAACUUCUUCCAGGAUGUGACUGCUGUCUGUGAUUUGCCCAACAUCAUCUGUAAGAAUGGCCGGCACAACUGUCACCAGAGUCCAAAGCCUGUCAACCUGACUCAGUGCAAUUUCAUUGCGGGAAGGUAUCCUGAUUGCCGCUACCAUGAUGACGCCCAAUACAAGUUCUUCAUUGUUGCCUGUGACCCUCCUCAGAAGACCGACCCCCCUUAUCAUUUGGUUCCUGUACACUUAGAUAAGGUUGUUUAAAGAUCACUUUGCUUCUCGCUCAGCACAAAUUCUCUUAUGAUAGCCUCUGAUUUUUUUUGUCUCUUAUUGAUUUUCCUGGUCCCCAUAGAAAGAAAAAGGAGAGUAUUGGAAAAAUUAGAGUGAUGAGGAUACCAGACCAGAGUUGGAACAAAAAAAAAAGUCAGAUUCUUUUCUACUUUGGAGCUCUG